AUGGUGAACAAACACUGUGAAGCGUUUCAACUUUCGAAGGUCACCCCGGAUCAAUUCAAAGCGCUUAGUUUCGUCUGUGGACUUCAAUCGCCACACAUUCGAUCACGAUUGAUCUCGAAGCUGGAAGCCGACGAAACCGCAGUCAACGAACUAGGAGAAAUCGCAAGCAAGCAACAAGGACACAAAGAAGGAUAUUGUUCCAACAAAAAGCUAAUACCAUCAGAAUCAAUCAAGUCAGCGAAACCCAAAAAGAAUGUGAAGACUAGGAGUAUCCAUAUGGUCCACAACGUCGGAACCAAGCGGAAGUUCAUCCCGGUUAAGCUCAACGGAAUAGCAGUGAAGCUCCAGCACGAUUCAGCAUCUGACAUCACCAUUAUCUCUAAAGAUAUGUGGAUCUGCAUUGGACAGCCGCCCACACAACCGACGGAGGAAUCUGCGGUCACUGCUUCUGGUGGCAACCUCAAUCUUCUUGCCGAGUUCCAAACAGAAAUCACCAUCAGGGACGUGACCAAAGCCGGUCGCAUUUUUAUCUCGGAUAGCGACGAACUCAACGUUCUUGGAAUCGAAACCAUGGAUCUGUUCGAUCUGUGGUCUGUGCCUAUUAGCAGUUUGGUCAACACUGUUCAUCAUCGUCCGGAACAAUACGUUAGUCAGCUUAAGAAUCAUUUCCCCGAGGUAUUUCAAACCACAUUGGGUAGAUGCACCAAAGCGCAAGUGAAGCUGUACCUGAAGCGCGAGGCAUGUCCUACCUACUGCCCAAAACGACCAGUGGCGUACGCUGCACUUCCCAAGGUAGACGAAGAACUCGAAAGGCAGACAACAUAUCGGUUCAUGUGUGUGGUGACUAUUCAACGAGAUUGA